UACUGCGCACGCGCAAUACCUCUUACUCUAGGAUGGAUGUGGUGGGUAUUUUAUGUGUAGUAGCGGCAGUCCUCGCUUUGGGGUUCUGGGUUUGGGAUACCCCAUUAAGAAUGAAGAAUCAAGAGCAAGCAGGCUUGUUGGGUGCUGGAGGCCGGACCCUGCUGGUGAUCGCGCACCCAGAUGAUGAAGCCAUGUUCUUUGCUCCCACAGUGCUAGGCUUGGCCCGCCUAGGGCACCGUGUUUCCCUGCUUUGCUUCUCUGCAGGAAAUUACUACAAUCAAGGAGAGAUUCGUAAGAAAGAGCUUUUGCAGAGCUGUGAUGUUUUGGGGAUUCCACCCUCCAGUGUAAUGAUUAUUGACAACAGGGAUUUCCCAGAUGACCCGGGAGUGCAGUGGGACACAGAGCGAGUGGCCAGCGUUCUCCUCCAGCACAUAGAAGCGAAUGGCAUCAACCUGGUAAGGGGACACCCCCUGAAUGGGAAGCCUGAGGUCCUGGCCCAAGUCACACCAGUCGUUUUCAAUCACAGUGCUCUGUAUGCGGCCGUGAGGUCUCUGCACUCAGAAGGGAAGUUUCCUAAAGGCUGUGCCGUGCUCACGCUCCAGUCUGUGAAUGUGCUGCGCAAGUACCUCUCUCUCCUGGACCUGCCCUUGAGCCUGCUCCAGACCCAGGAUGUCCUCUUCGUCCUCACUGGUGAAGAGGUGGCACAGGCCAAGAGUGCCAUGUCCUGCCACCGCAGCCAGCUUCUCUGGUUCCGCCGCCUCUAUGUUCUCUUCUCCCGGUACAUGAGAAUCAACUCACUGCACUUCCUUCAAAGCCUUGAAGACUUUUCAGAUCCAAGGAACAAAGGGGUAAGAUAGGUCAGGAAGCACAGGAGACCUGGCCUGGAGUAGCCUUUGCAAAAGGGAGCCCGUGCCUGCCAGGGCCUGUCCAGACUUCCUCCUCUGGAACAAAACCCAAAGAACCAAAAACAAACCAACCUGAGGAUAAUAACAGCUAGCCUGAUAGUUCUUGUGAAAAACAAUUUGCACGGUGGGGCGGUGCCUGUGGCUCAAAGGAAUAGGGCGCCAGCCCCAUAUGCCAGAGGUGGUGGGUUCAAACCCAGCCCCAGCCAAAAAAUGCAAAAAAACCCCACAAAAAACAAAAAAAACGAUUUGCAUGGUGACAGCAAUGUGGAAAAAACCUGUCAGAGCCUGGGCAGGUCAUUGUUAUUACAAUGAAGGUAAAAGUGCUCUGAAAACACAUCAUAGAUGUGAUUUGUACGCAGUUUCCAAGGUGGGCUCACCAAACAGUGUACAUGGAAUUAGUUCCACCACAAUUCCUUUGACUUUUCUUUGUGGCCUAUUUAUCAGAACUUGUAUCUAAGGAACACUUGUUGGUUUGACUGGCAGUCACUGACUGGAGUGUCCACAUGUGAUCACUGCCGUGGGUGCUGUUGCAUACAGAGAUGGUUGCGUGGACCUGCCUCAGAGAGCUUGUGGUUGAAUUUCUGAGCUCUCACCUCUCAAUCUUUUGGGUGAAGUAAGAAAGAGGAAGUGAAAUCUGGAAUUUGUUUUAAUGUUCAAGAACCUGAUGCCUUAAAAUAGUCCUACACGUUGGGCAUAGUAGCUCAUACCUAUAUUUCUAGCAACUCAGAAAGCUGAGAACUGCUUGAGGCCAAGAGUUUGAGAGCAGCCUGAGCAACUUAAGUGA